UUGGGUUCCCAUAUGAAGGUCCUGCUCCUCUAGAGGCUAUUGCUCAGGGAUGUAUCUUUUUGAACGCUAAGGUAACCCGAUAAAUCGCGCAGUUUUGUAGUAGAGUCAAUACAGGUGUGCUUGUUACUAAUUAUCAUGGAAUGUUCCUUGCUUUUCAGUUUGAUCCACCUCAUAAUAGGAUUAACACUGAGUUCUUUAAGCUUAAACCAACCCUAAGAGAGGUAAGUUCUUCGCUUCAGGGCAUAAGAACUCUGGAAAUUAACUUCUCAAACUCAUUAUUUUAUUUAUUCCGUUUGGGUCAGGUGAAUGAAUCUUGAUACCUAAUGAAACAGUAUAUAAAACAACACCAACAGGUUUUCAUCUGAGAUCAAACACUUGGACGAAAUGUUUGAUUGGUUAGCACAACCACCUGACAACUCAUGGAAACAGUGCAAUACCAGAGAAAACAUUUCGCUGUAUAAUUUCGUAUUGUUUUGUUUGAGAAGACAUGUUAAAAACUCAGGUUUUGUGCUUCAUCACGGGUUCCAAACUCCUUGAAACAGGUGAAAGCACUUUCCAUUGUUUUCCAGGUGUUUGGAACCCGUGAUGAAGCAUGAAGCCCUGGUUCCUGACAUAUUACGAAGUCUAUAUGUUUUGAGCUGAAGAAUGUGGUCAUAACAACUUAUGCUGCGCCUCGUUAAUGAAUUCAAUUCUUUAAUGAUUAAUUAUCGAUUAACCAAGGGAGGAAAACCUCCCUUGGAAAAUUAAGGAAAACGUUUGGGCAUUCUAAGGUGUAGACAUAUAGCGUUUUUAAGUUUUGAACGGCUUGAAGCUCACCAGGCCCUUUAAAGUGUCAAAUAAACUUUUUCUCUGCCUCAAGCCUGUUAUCGAAUAGUAAUCUUUAUGUAUUUUGAAAUACGAUUAUUGCUUCAGCAUUGAAUAAUUUAUUGGAACUUACUGAAAAUGGCCAUUUCCGAGUUCCAAAAACUCAAAACGAGGCUAAAUGCAAAGCCUUUCCUGUGUAAAGGAGUUUUAUUUGCAUGAGAAUUAAACUUAUUUUCAUAUCAAUUGCAAUACCUUUUUGUACUUAGCUUUACUUUGAAACAGACUCUGGGCAACUCGCAAAUUUUGCUACAAGUCGACCUUUCAUAAGGUCUUAAAAGUGAGUGAAGCGAGCUUCAAUGCAUGAGGUCGCGCAGCGACCGAGCGAGCGACGAAGUCUCGAUCAUAUUAUAAAUUCACGCGGGAAAAAAAAUGAUUGACAUACACUCUGUUGGGAGCGGCGUGAAAUGUCACUCAUUGUUCUAUUGGUCAAUUGUCAUGACGUCACCGAAUUUCGCGCCAGAGAGGUAUGAAAAGUUCUUUAAAAUGGUAUAACCAACUAGGGAAAAAAAUAAAGGACUUUUAGAAAGUCUACUCGCAAAUGGCUUAUUUCGUUUGGAAAUGCUGCGCAAGCGAUGUGUCAUGUUUCAUUGUCUUAAGCCUUCUCUGUCUUCUUUUUUUUUUAACAGUUGACUUCCCAACACCCGUAUGCAGAGGUGUUUAUAGGUGAACCGCAUGUUGUUACUGUAGACAUUGGGAAUCUUUCGCUGGUAGAGGAUACUGUCAAACGAAUUUUAAACCUCGAGGUUAGUUUUUUAAAAAACCUUGCAAAUAGCAUGUGCUCUUAUUUCCACCUGAUUAAUCUCUUGUUUAGGUAUUGACGUUUUUAGGAGAAUUUGACUAUUCACUACAGUAUAGGGACUUUUCUGUUUCUCCCUUUCCACCUUGUUUUGGUCUUGGAGAGGAUGAUUGAAGCCAGAUCCUGCGAAAAUGUCUGCGCUCAAUAUGUGCGGUGCGCAAUGUGAUAAACCUAUGCUGUGAGCAAAACUGCAAAAACUUCACGAGAACAGCAACUUCGAUGUUCUACCAAUUGGCUGAAAAUGGUGCUUUAUAAUUUGUACUCGGAUUACGUUAGUUUAUACCUGCACGUUUAUCCCUCUCACCCUCCCCUCCCUGAUUACGUUAGUUUAGACCUACACGUUUAUCCCUUUCACCCUCCCCUCCCCUCAGCUGAAAAUGAAAGAAAAAUAAUUUGUUUGUUCCCGAUUUUAGGUGAAACCUUACUUACCUCUGGAGUGGACGCCUAAAGGAAUGCUGGAACGUGUCAAUGCCUUCACCGAAUAUUAUGUAAGUACAGUACGCGCCAUCUUUGCUCGCUCGUAAGGAUUGAUUGGAUGAAACCAACGUCACUUGGAUUUUCAGGCGGCAAGCAGUUGACGAAAGCCUCCAAUACAAGUUAUUGCACUCGGGUGUGUUUAUUUUGGACUGCAAAAAAUAAAGUCAACUUGAAAUGUUGAAGACGAAAAUAGAAAAAUAUGGGUGUUCUUCUUAUCAACAGUCGUUAUUUAAUCCAAAAACGACGCAGCAAUGAUUGCCCACCAAUAUUUUGCUACUCACAUGAUAAAUUGAAAAAUCUAACUUUAAAGGUUAUCCGUGAGUUACGGUAAAACUCAAAGUUAAAAUACAAAUGCUCAUUAGGUUAUUUUUGUUCGCUUUUUUUUUCUUCAAAGAACUUUUGUGAGCGUAGUGAAAGAUGGCCGCCAUUAUCAGAGAUGAAGUUGUUCAUGGGUGAAGCGGGGAAGUCUUGUGUAGAAGUUUGUAAAAUGUCUGGUGAGUUAAAUAACGUGUAUUGUAACACUAUCUAUACAUCCUCGGAGACCCAGGGGCAGAUAGUGGGGGCGAGAGAAAGUCUAAACGGGCGGGAAAAUAUGGCACGAAUAAAAGUAAAGAACGGCGAGAAGAGCCCCUUGGGACAAUGUCUUACCAGACCAGUUCCAAACUGUCGCGGUCGUUCUGGCUUCUGUUUGGUGCCAGAAAACUUUUGUGUUUUUCUGCCCAAUCAGAAGGCAGAAAGACCGAUGGAACAGGGGGUUGGAGGAAGAAGAAGAGGGCAGGAGGUGAAAAUUCUAAAAGGAUGGGAAGCGCGAGAAAUAGGGAAAGUAACGUAACAAUUGGUAAUAUUUUGACAUUCGAACUAAAGGGCUACAGGGAGAAAGCGAACUAAAGGAGCGGGAAGUACAGGAGACGGGAGGUCUGGGGAGUAAGGGUUCACACUACAAUACAGUACAAUACAAUAACUUUAUUUAAAGAGGGAAGCGCAAUAACCUUUUACAGUUUUCUAACCUACGGCCCUCAAAAAAAUAGAUAAAUGGAUAAAUAAAUUUAGAAGACUAAACAAGACUAGAACGAUUGGAGCACUUUUUAUUCCUUCCUGUCAUGUUUUUAUGAAUUUUAUCAAUUUAGACGUCUUCAGUAUUCAAACUGCGCUAUCUUUUUCAGUGAACAGAUGCGUGAAUUUUUUUGUAUCUGAAACCCUAUUUGCCAAAUAACCUUUCAACCGGAAAAGCUUUUUUUUUUUAGUUGUCGCUCGUAACCUACUCGAAGCGCACGUGGUUAAACGUUUAGACCAAAAAUACGUCACUGAACUUGCAAAAUAUGUAUACCUACCCCUCCCCUGACCCAACGUUAACACUAAAUUCUCACUAAUCAGCAAAAUUUUGGGUUAAAGGCUGGUGGAGGGGGAUAAGAGGGCACUUGGGUGGUAGCCUGUAUAAAAGGCGUUGUUUUUUCGCGUUUGUCAGGCAAGCGAAGUCAAGCAAGAAGCAAGCGAGGAGCGCCAGAUUCCCCGUCGCGCGUGUUUGGCGCUGCUCCCUCCCUUCGCGCUUGCCUUGCCUCGCCUGAAAAAGGCGAAAAAAUAACUCUAGUUAUACAGGCCACCUAGGUGGAUUUAUUGGCAGCAUAUGUGUUGGCCGUCGCCUUUACCCGGAGUAACUGUGUUUUUGUUGUUGUUGCUGUUGUUGUUGUUUUUUUCAGUUCAGAAUUAAAACAAAAAAAAAUUCCGGCGAGCAAAUGAAUGAAUCCACUACAGAAUCGUAUGAUAGACCUAAAGAUUCUUUGUGUAUUGAUUUGCUGCAUUUAAAUGAUAUGGAAAUUCCUGAAACAAAGCGUUUUAUUGUUUUGUUCAUUGAGUUAACUAGACAAAACGGUGUUUCUUUUGUGUCCCCCAGGCGUGAAAACAAAACACUAGAUUUUUUCCUUUGUAUUUGCACGUGCAAUAUGUUGUGUUCACCUAACUAGACAAAACGGUGUUGUACAACACAUGUUUCCCUUGUAUUUGCAUGUAUAUUGUACAAAUGUUCCCAAUAAUCUUGUUAAAUUUCAGGGUUAUUGUUCUUUCUUGGGCGAUUUUUUAACUCAUUUUUUCCUAGCUUGCCCAACUAAAAUCAGGGAUUUAAUUUCAGUUUUCUCUCGACGCUUCUUUUCGCCUCUUGGAAGAUUAAUGGUCGCAAGACGACAUCAUAACAAGCAAGUUAAACGAAAUAAAAAAACAAACAAAUUUAGCAAAUACGAAUUUCGACGGGUGUAGGAGUUUGAUAGCCAUGUUCUAGUUCGUUUAUUGAUCAUGAUAUUUUGCCGUUAAUUUAGGUCUCCUGUGUGAACCUUCUUACUUUGAAGAUGUCAAUAGUGGGGAACAAAUAGAAAAGUAAGUGUCUGAACGGGUUUGGCCGCUGUGCAACUGUUAUUUUUAUUUCCUUGAAGGUUACAUUCUGAAUUUGUCUUGGUGCAACAAAAUAUGCAUUCUCUGAAAUUAGUUGGCGGUCUUUCUGCUGCCCAUUAAAACACAAAGCGAAUGCGGCCGAAGAGUGCAUCUUAAAUUAAAGAAACCAUAUUUCAUAAUUUGUUGAAGUUCAGAUGCGGAGAAUUUAAAAUGUGAAAUAGCUCUUUUAUUUGGAAGCAAUUAAAGUAUAUAUACACUUACCUCGUGUGUUUUUAAUCCUUGCUUAUUUUGCACGCAGUCGGGAAGAAACAAACCCACGAAACGAAGAGAUUCCGCUCUGUUGUCCUUGGCCAGGCCGUCAGGCAUGGGUCAUUUGCAUGAUGACGUCAUUUUACUUCUACGACCAAAAUCCUUCAGGGUUUUGCUUUCUUGUGCAAAUUAAGGCUUUUGUUUUUUAAACCUCGCUGGGAUUACCAAAUUAAGGCCCUGCUUAGGUGGGGUAAAAAAAUAACCCUCCUUUACAUGCAAUCUUACAACACUUUCUCAAGAUUAUUGAAUGAUCGCUAAGCACGUAAACUAGAAAAAUGCUGGCAAAGCACGUGUUAAUGCUCUUCUACACUCACCAUAGGUUUUCAUCCUCAGACUCAAAAGUUAGAACCACCUUGUACAGCAUAAUAAACAGUACCGCAGGAAGGUAUAGCUCAGUAGCUUUCAUUUGAAUGGUCACACUAUAGAAUUUCGUCCACAGAUUAAAGAGUCAGAACCACCUCACAAGACUGCAUUUUCACUCUGGAGAAGAAGUGACACAAAAAUGUUUCUUCUUGCAGGUUUGGAGAAAAAUGUGGCUCAGUUAAUACAGAGGAAUCUCUCUUAGCUCCUUGUUAUAGCACGUCAACUAAGGCAUGUACCUUGCAGAGAUUUCCACUUCUCUUCAGCUGCGUCAAGAAAGAUCCUGAUGUAAAACGGCUGUGUCCUUGCAGAGACUUCCAAGCUCAACAAGUAGCCUUCUGCAAACAGUGUCACUAGAUCCUUAUCACGCGGAACGACUGUUAGGGCCCCUAUUGGGCUAUGAUUCCGCUGGCCCUUCAGUUGUGAUUAGAAUGUUCCUAAAAUAUGUUCCAUGUAUUGUUAGGGAUAUAUGCUCGGAUUGCUGAGGAGAUGGGCCUUUUGUCCCUGGAAGAAUGGGUCCAGUUUGUGAUCAAUUACAGCAAUUAGGAUCCUUUUGGUGAAAGUUCUGUUUUCCCUGUUAUUGUGAUCGUGCUGUUCCUGGGAAUGUAUUCCUUAUGUUUCAUACUAAAUAGAAAAUAUACAUCAUUUGGCCCUUGAUUAGUUGGCAAAUGGGCCUUUUUUUCCCUACGAAUAUGGGUCUGAAUUAGUAAACCGAUAAGAGCUCUUGUCGGCUGUUCGUGGGAAUAUGUCCGGUCCGUCAUAACGUCAGAGAUAUGGUCCUGGCUUUAGGGCGUGGGGGCAUUUUUGUGGUCACGGCAGAACGUUUGGGAUUGGUUGUUGGGUUUUGGAGAAUUGGUGCUGAUGUGGUCGUUUCGAAAUUCGAAUUUCCUGCGGAAGAGGGAAGGUUUAUUGUUUGUUUAUUGUGAAUACUAUUUUAUUAAAUUAUUUAAGUUAUUUACAGUAAACGUAUUGCGUUUUAGAAACUGUUUAAAGAGAUACUUAGGUGUUAUCAUAUUUUGUAAUAGGAAAUGUUUUGAACCAUUAAAUUGUUAGUCACACUUGAAAAUAUAUCAAAUUUUAACAACUAUUUUUCUCUGAGUCUUCCUAUUUGUAGACACCGUAUUUUUCUUAAAUUUAAUUACUACUGAUUUGAAAACACAAAUUACUACUGAUGGAUAAUUAACAAUAUUUAACAAUCAAUGAAUGAGGCUGAGUAUCUUUUGAAGAAUUAUGGAGAUGAUUACGUGAGUAGAUGGUAUUACCUACAUUAUUUGUUCUAAAUCUUAAUAAAGAAAAAAGGCUAUAAUUAAAGAACAAGUUUUUAUCUAUAUUCCAUACAUAAAUGUAUGUAAGCAGCUGUAAGUUUGUAGAUAUGAGGAUCGACAUUGUUAAAUAUGAAGAGGGUUUUUGCAUUGUUGUCAAAAUUAUUAGAAAGGGGCUGUCUAUUACUAAUGUUCUUGUAAAAGUUAGAUUGAAGACUAUCGUAAAUAUUACAAUUGAAUAGAAAGUGUGAUUCUUUUUCAAUUUCAUUUAAGUGGCAGAAGGGGCAGAUUCGAAGAUUUUCUCAAUUACGACCUCCUUCAGGCAGCAUUAUACAGCGCAUGCGCAUUAUGUAACAGUGGCAAUCUCCGCCCAGGGAUCUUCUGCGCGCGCAUUUCCAAACCCGUAAGCACUGGGGUCGAGAAUGGUAACAGUCACAAUUAGGUGUACCUACAUGAAAAUCAUCUAUCCCUAUGGGCACCAUCAUGGCGACCGGAGACAAACAGAAUUAAGUUUUGCUACGAAAGCGUGAAUUCAUGUGUCGAGGAACUCAUAAACAUUAAACUAAUACUUUCAAUACAAAAUUUCCCAAGAUAAGUCACUUUCUUUUUUCCUACAUGACAGCUCUCUCGGUCGCCAUGUGAAUGCCGUGUCACUUCGAAAGGGUUCUUCGUUUUGUGAUAGAGUACGCUUGAAUUUCUAACCUUUGGCGUGACACUUU